GGAAGUGACGCCACAACCCGGAAGCGGAAGGGGUGGCUGGCGCUGGAGGAGAAGAGGGUGACUUUUACGGAGGCGCUUAGGAGAUCGUCGGAACGGGUCUCGGGUCUCCGCCUGCCGGGAGCUAAGAACAACCUGCCACGAUGGGUAAACAGUUUGGAAACCUGAUGAAAACGAGGCAUGUCGUCAGCUACUACCUGUCUCCAUUUGAACAAAAACUCUUCCCCAGCUACUCUCAGAGAAUCUUAAACACUUGGAGGCGAAUUAGAUCAUCGUUCUUCCGGGUGGCACCUCAGUUUGUCGUGGCAUACCUUGUUUAUUCCUGGGCAAAUGAAUACAAUCAAAACUUGAAAAAGAAGAACCCAGCUGACUACGCAAAUGAUAUCUAAGAAGAUUGGUGGAAAGAAACCGUCUGCCGGAUUUUAUUCUGCUUGGUUCUGAAGAUACCUUGUGUGUUUGCAAGAGCAGAUCGAUUCAAUAAACCUCUGUAUAUU